AUGGGAAAGCGUCGGAAGCACGUCAAAGUCAAGGCGACUUUCGUCAUCGAAGGGCUCGAGGAGGACGUCUCCUUCUCUAUACGCCAAGGUAACGCUCUACAGUGCCAGCAUCGCCAGCAGGCUUCGUCUCCCAGCACGGGUGACGACCACCAUCAUGACACGGUCGGUGCGGUGAACGCCAACCCCACCAUCAUCGACGGCUCUCACGAGGUCGAGACCCAGACGCUGAGCAACAUGCUUGUUCCGUCCAGCACUUCGUCUACCAUCACUCCAGCUGCGUCGGAGUCACCGGCCGCCACUUCCACCACAGUCCACUCCGUGCGUCCAAAGGCGACUCUUGCCCAAGUGAAAGCAUGGCGAUGGGACCUGCAGCGAGCCUUCCUUGAUAAAGAUUCGAACAGUCCGAACGGUCGGAAGCUCAAUCCAGAUGGCUUUGGGAGAGCGCACGAAGCGCUUCUGCAGAUAGGCCGACACGGGAUCGGCCUUGCGGAUCUGAUGGAGUCAAGACUUGGCAAGGUUGUCCGCCACGCCACCGACAUCGCGAUCACAUACGAUGGGGACCUCAACUUCGGGCAGCGUAUCCGGCCUCUAUCCGACAAGCUCACUGCUUUCGUCCAAGCCCGAGCAGCCAGCCUCGCAGUCUUCGAGAUGCCAGACGAAGCUGAGCACAAUACAAUGGACACAAGCACCGAACGUGCUCCUGAGGGUGCCGAGCGCAAUGAUGUCGUCACUGCGAAUGACCAGCAGUCUGCCAUUGGGCGUUCCCGCAGCGACGGUGAUGGUCUUGUAGCAUUCGCUCGAGCCGACGACAUUCCCUCUGAUCCCGAGGACGGCGACUGCUUACCAUCCGAAUCUGAUUCGGACGAGGAUCAUCUCAUCGACUCGGACGGUGAAGACGGCCUGACUGACUCGGGCGAUGAAGGAAUUACCAUGAUCGGUUCGAAAGACGACAAGAGCAAUGGUCGUGACUCAAUCAAGGAGAUCGACAAGCCGGCAACUUCAGACGAAUCUUGGGUUGAGGACAAUCGCCACGAUACGAAGUAUGCUCCAGCGGCUCGCCCGGGCACCUAUCUGACCGGACCGGAACAUAAUCGACAACGAAUCCUGGUGCCUGUCGGAGUGCGUCGAGCAUGGCAGUCGGACUUUCCGACCCUUGACCAGCCCCUUGAGGACGGGAUGGUGGAGUCUCCUCAAGCAUGCGCCCUCAUGGCUUUCAAACGUCUUCGUACAACAUACGGCGUUGGCUACGAGAAUGACGCAGUCUCUGAACGGAGACCCGGUGUCUCAAAGUGUGAUUAUUGCUACCUUUUCGGCGUCGAUUGCCCCCUCUACUCUGGAGAAACUGAGAGGCGGGUUCGAAGCGUUGUGGACCAGCACUUGAGAGUCAUCUACGCUUCCACGGACGCCUCACCUGCAAUACUGGACGCCGCCCGUUCCAUGGCUCUCUCGCUCGACCGACUCUAUCGAACGCCGAAGCGCUGA